AUGGCGACCGAGACGUCAACGCGAUUAAACCGCUGUGAAUCCGGAUAUCUUGUUGGUUACUUGAACGUGCUAGACUUGCGCAACAUUCGUCUCACUGUGAUCACAUUCAUCGUGCUCCAGACGAUGGGAGAUAAGCAGGCUCACUUAGCCACAGACCUCGGUGCGAUCCGCGAAGACUAUGUAGAAGCUCUUCUUUAUUUUCCCGUAUUUGCCAAACCCUUUCCCCAGUCGUGGAUUCAAGCGAUUUCUGAAUGCUUAGGUGAUGAUCUUGCUGAUACUGCCGAAGAGAGGGAGGCUUCGGAGCUUAUGUGUUUGAGUGGGUCCGAAAGAGGAUCAGGCCUUCACACCAGUAGGCAGGCCUUGAGCCGCGCCCUUUUCAACGUUAACCGCAAACCACCCGUCAUGUGCGAUGGCCUGACCGCGCCCAUCUUCUCCGAAGUCCAACUGGCCGCGGUAACUUCCCCCGAUCUUCUGUCUGCUGCCAGCCAG